AUGUUGAAGGUAUCAGCUAGACAUGCGCCGGUUUUGAGGCUACCAAGGCGAUUUUAUGCACAAAAAACAAGAGUGGUGAUAGGGCCACGAUUGAAAAAUCUGGAUGAGAUAAAAGAAUAUCUGGGGAAGCCUACAUGGUCUGUGGAGAAGUACUUGCAAAGUUCGUCAAAUGGGGAAACCCAGCCACCGUCGCGGGAAACUGUGGAGAAACUACUGAAACUGUCAGGUCUCCCGAAUGAAAAUGUUGAGAUGUUUCAAGCAACGCUGGGCAAACAGCUUGCUUUCAUCAACAAGGUUCAGAGCCUGCCUGUAGAUGAAAGCCUGGACCCCAGUCAUGCCAGAAUAAUAGACCGCAACUCAGAGGCUCUCGACUACGAAUCCCUUUCGUGCUCUGUUGAGCAGCAGGAGACUGAAAAAGACAGCAAGAUGGGCGAGGUUGGCGGAUCAUGGGACGGCACCGGGCUGGCUGCUAUCAGUGAGAACGGGUUCUAUGUUCUAAGGGAAGGCCUUCUCAAAAAUCGGAAGUGA